CGGUCACGUGAUCCGCUGAGGCGGGCGCCGGGUGGUCACGUGACCGGGCGAGGCGGGGAGAACCGGGCGGUGCGCUGGGGACCGCGCUACAGCACGCAAGUCAAAUGUCAUUUGAAAGCUGAAGGAAUGAACACACUGUUAUCCUCUCAUCUCAAGUGGGCAUCUAUAUGUUUUCUACAACUGAAAUGAUUUAUUAAACCUGGAGGCUUCUGAGCAAGAUAAAACAAAAAUACCCAUUAUGGCCUCAUCAUCAACACCUAAAUAUAAUUCAAACUCCUUGGAGAGUUCCUCAGGUAAAAGGACUCUAAAAGAUGGAACUAACUGGGAACAAAAUGAAGAAAUACCUCGUCUGCCAGGAGAGACUAGAGUUACAGACAAGGAUGUUAUUUAUAUGUGUCCGUUUAACGGCCCCGUUAAAGGAAGAGUGUACAUCACGAACUACAGGCUGUACCUAAGAAGUGUGGAAAAUGAUCCAGUUGUGGUAUUGAAUGUUCCAUUGGGUGUAAUUUCAAGAAUAGAAAAAAUGGGAGGAGCUUCAAGUAGAGGAGAGAACUCUUACGGAUUAGAUAUAACCUGUAAAGAUAUGAGAAAUUUACGGUUUGCAUUAAAACAAGAAGGGCACAGUAGAAGAGAUAUAUUUGAAGUCCUCACAAAAUAUGCUUUUCCCCAGUCACAUAACUUGCUUUUUUUCGCAUUUGCAAAUGAAGAAAAGUUUUCUGAAAAUGGAUGGAUGGUGUACAAUCCAAUGUCUGAAUACAGGAGACAAGGUCUGCCUAAUGAACGGUGGCGAGUGACUUUUAUUAAUGAACAUUAUGGACUGUGUGACACAUAUCCAUCGCUCUUAGUAGUGCCAUAUAAUGCAACAGAUGAUGAUCUCAAGAAAGUUGCUGCCUUUAGGUCCCGUAAUAGAAUCCCGGUUCUCUCAUGGAUUCAUCCAGAGACUCAGGCUGUUAUUAUGCGCUGCAGUCAACCCCUUGUUGGAAUGAGUGGUAAGCGGAAUAAGGAUGAUGAAAGAUAUCUUGAUAUCAUCAGGGAAGCUAACGGGCAGAUCUCAAAACUGACCAUCUAUGAUGCUAGACCCAAUGUCAAUGCAGUCGCAAACAAGGCAACUGGGGGAGGAUAUGAAAGUGAAGAUGCGUAUCCCAAUGCCGAACUUUUCUUCUUGGACAUUCAUAAUAUUCAUGUCAUGCGGGAAUCUUUGAAGAAGUUGAAGGACAUUGUUUAUCCCAAUGUGGAAGAAUCACACUGGUUGUCGAGUCUGGAAUCAACCCACUGGUUAGAACAUAUAAAGCUUGUCUUGACAGGAGCUAUUCAAGUGGCAGACAAGGUCUCCUCAGGAAGGAGCUCUGUGCUGGUUCACUGCAGCGAUGGCUGGGACCGGACAGCACAGCUGACAUCGCUGGCCAUGUUGAUGCUAGACAGCUACUAUAGAACAAUUGAAGGCUUUGAAGUUCUGGUGCAAAAAGAGUGGAUAAGCUUUGGGCAUAAAUUUGCAUCGAGAAUAGGCCACGGUGAUAAAAACCAUGCUGAUGCAGACAGAUCACCCAUCUUUCUCCAGUUCAUUGAUUGUGUGUGGCAGAUGUCUAAACAGUUUCCUACGGCCUUUGAAUUCAAUGAGCAGUUCUUGAUUACAAUCCUGGAUCACUUGUACAGCUGCCGUUUUGGUACUUUCCUGUAUAACAGUGAGUUUCUUAGAGAAAAGGAGAAAGUGACUGAGAAAACAUUGUCGUUAUGGUCUCUGAUAAACAGUGAAAAAUCUAAAUACACCAAUCCUUUUUAUACUAAAGAGCUAAAUCGAGCACUCUAUCCGGUAGCCAGCAUGCGUCAUUUAGAGCUCUGGGUCAAUUACUACAUCAGGUGGAACCCGAGAAUUCGGCAACAACAGCCAAAUCCAGUGGAGCAGCGUUACAUGGAGCUCCUUGCGUUACGUGAUGAUUACAUAAGGAGACUUGAAGAACUUCAGAUCACAAAUAGUUCUAAGAUAUCCAGUUCGUCAGCCUCAUCAGCAUCUCCCUCACAAAUGGUGUCCCAUCUACAAACACAUUUUUGAAGAAAGUGUUGGCUUCGUUCUAUACUGUAACAGCAAGCGGUGCUUAACAUAGAUGUAUAGCAUAAAGAGGAAUAUUUUAAUGCCUUACGUUAGACUGUCCUAACAGAAAUUAUUUUAGACUGUCUUCAUUUGAGGAGGACUUCAAAACAAACAAAACCAACUGUUCAGUUAUGUGCCUUUCAGAACUUUUGGACUGGGAACAUUAUUAAUCAACUUUUAGUUAUGGAGGGCUUUAAGAGUUCUUUUGGAAAGUCUGGUACAAUUGAAAUUUAAUUGAUUUGUUUUCAUAAGAAGGCUUUAAUUUAUUAUGUUGUAGGUCAUGUUCCUGUAAGGAAAUUCAUGCUCAGUCUUUCAUAUCAUGAAUCAACACAUUAAUGGCAAUAGGAAUAUUCACAUUGUAUAAAGCUAGGCUUGUGUGUAUUCCCGUUAGGAAUACAGUUGUGGAGUUUGAGAUACAAAUAAAUUCUAUCAAAAGACUUCAGAAAUAAGUUUUGAAAGUUUCUGGUUACCUGAGAAUUUCAGCUAUUCAUUUUUCAAAAUAAACAAAAACAUGGAAGGGAUUUCAAUGAUAUGCUUACAAUUAAAAAGUUCAAAUAGCUCAGUAGAUAUCAAAAUAAAAGAGAAAUUAUUUUUAUUGUCAAUUGAUUUUUUUUUU